AUGACUGAAGCCAAACAAGAUUUAAUCGAGUUAUCAACAAAUCCUUUAGAUGUAUGGAUAAAUACACAUUAUGAUGAAUUGUGUGCAGGUAUGACGUGUGAAAAUGCUCUAUUCUGCAAACCAUCAGACAUGAAAGACAAGAAUUUUCAAAUGAGUAUUAAGGAUAAAUGUGAUAGGAAACAUAGAAGAAUAGACGAUAAACAAACAUGGUGUUAUGUUUUGAAAGAAGAAAUGAAAGGAUUAUAUAAACAGGUUGAACCAAACGAUAAUGAGGAUUCAUUUACUGACGAUGAAAUACCUGUAAAUGAUGCUUUAUAA